CCGCCGGCAGUGCGAGUCAACUGGCAGUUUGAUUGGCACCUAAUCACCAAAAACAAUAAGAUUAGAGCCUUUCAGAUAGUCUACAAUCCCGUCAAAUCCAGGUUCAGAAUCAUUCAAGAAGUAUCACCAAGGGUCCUAAACUUAACACUGGAUCGACUGGCACCGGGAUCGGAGUAUCAACUCCACCUCAAUUCGGUCACCGAAUCCGGUGAUAGCAACUCAAGCCGUAUCGUGCAUUUCGUGGCACCGGAUAAUGAUUCGCGACGCUUUUCACGCAUUGGUCUCAACCAUCCCAUCCACACCGACCCCAACGAAGCGCCGGAAGGGUUUCGCGUCAAAGAGGAUGAAGUGAUUAUAGUAGUGAUAGUGUUGGCCGCGUGGGUCGGCUGUAUUUUGUUGUUUUUUAACAAAUGGGGCAAAAUCCGGAUGUUAGAGCCCUAUCAGCCGGCAUACAGAGAGACAUUCAGCAAUUCUGUUCACUCCCUACACCCGAAGACAUCGCGAAUGAACACCUGUACGAGCGCUACCGCACCCACACAUAUGCACUCAACCGAGAGUCGGGCCAGUCUUCUGUGCGAUCGCGACCUCCUUAUACACCACAACCGACUCGUGGGCAGCGGUCAGCUCUACCAGUGCGCGUCGGGCGCCACCUACCACAACCCGGCCUACCGGCCUCGACUCAACUCCGUGUUCGUCGGCUCCUUCUCACAUCGCGACUCAUUAUCACCGGAGCCACAGAUGCCGAGGAAGGUCAAGAGUGCCGAAGAUCUCAAGUCAUUAGUCGUUCAGGUGACUGACUAUAACAUGCCGUCCACUUCCACAUCAGUCAUUUAAAUCGUGACAUUUCAUAGGCUUUUAAAAUCGUGACUUUCAUAGGCUUUUCGUAUCUAUUUUUCGCUCCAUAUUCUGUACUUAACUCUAUGAAAGAGUUUUAUUGACUCAAAGGAUGCCUCGAAUUUGAAUUGUUUCUCAAAUCACUGAAGGAUUGCUAAGAAUACUAAUUACAAUAUCUUCGGCCAAUGGUUACAAUUAAAGGGAUAAUUAAAAUGAAGUGCAUCUUAAAGAGUGAC